AAUAAUUAGGGCUUUUAUUGUUACUAUAGGUUUGUAAAAAUAUUUCAGUACGCUGUGUAAACAAGGUCGUUGUAGUAUAGUGGUAAGUAUUCCCGCCUGUCACGCGGGUGACCCGGGUUCGAUCCCCGGCAACGGCGAAUUUUAUUUUAAACUUAUUUUGUUCGUCUCCUAGGUUUUACAAUUCUCCCGUGUCCUUUUCGAUUUCUCGGCAGCUCAUUCAUUCUUCAAGAGUGGAGGGAACUCGAGACACUCACUCCCGCCAAUUUGAACGGAGCUCACUCCCUCACCGCAAUUCCCUACUCUCUCGCUGUUUCUGCUGUAGUCUCUACCGCUGCAAGAAUCAGGCGAAUGACGAGAGGUGGAGGAGGCAGCGGCGAGGGGAGGCAUGACGGCCUGGAAAUCGUCUCGGGUUUGGUUUUUGUAACUCUCCUUCCUUCCUAGUUCAUCUCUUCCUGGUCAUCAAAUCAUCUCUUGUAGGUCACAUCGAUUUUCGAUUCCAGUAAUUCGGUAGUGUUCUCUCCCAUCAGAAUAUCGAUUCAUCAUUUUUACUACGUCGAUGCUGUAAAUUUGACAGUAAUUUGAACGGCAACCUCUAUUGUAGAUAUUGUGAUAAUCCUUUUGACCUCGGAGUUCCACAGCCAAGUUAAUUGCUCAGGGUGUUGAGAAAUACGCAAAGUUGUCAUAGAUUUAGGACCGCUGCGAACUGUCCUGAUCAAAUUGGACCUUUGAACUUUCAUAGGAGAGGUGGGAUGAAGAAGGCGAGGGGGUUUUAGAGGUACGCGCCGCGGUUAGUGGAUUGAGGGAAGAAGGAUAAUAGAGCUUAACUGCUUAAGCGCUUUACAGUUGUAGUUGUUACUUUCUGCUCAUUACUUGAUAGAAAAUGGCAUUUAGCCUGGAUAUCAUCACUGUCCCGGGAAAUGGUUGUUUUCUCAGGUUAAUAGUUGCACACUUACACUUGCUCUAUGUUUAAAAUGUUCAAUACCUACUGGACUUGUUGAAACAUUUCCCACAAAUUACUUUACUAAACUGAAGCUGCUUGAAAUUUAUGGGGCCAUUUAUAAGUUAGAAAUCAAUAGAGGUCCCAAAGGGCCAUUAUUCAGAGUUUGUACCCUGGACUUCUGAUGUUGACAUGAGUUCACUAUUUUUAGGGGAGUGACUGAAAAGUGGUAAUGUUCCUCUGCAGAUCACAUCUCCUCAUGGAGACUCUAGCUCUGCUCAUACUCUAGAUAUUACCUGGGAUAAAUUUCAGAAGAUGGGUUGCCAACAAAUGAAGAUUUGGCAUGGGAAAAGGUUUUCGUGCAAAGUUGAUGCCAUAGAGAUGAACUUUCAAUCUCGUGUAGACUCAAAUGAUGAAAAGGACGAAGUGAUCACGAUAACCCUUGAAGAAGCGAAGCUUGCUGGUUCAGAGAUACGGACAUGCAUCUAUGCAGUCAAAGGCUUAAAUAUAGAGAGAAAUAUUAUUGAUAGGUCACCAUAUGGGCAAGUUAGAACAUCAGCAAAUGGCAAAAAUAGAGAUGAAUGCGUCCAAGACAGUAGUACUCUAAUGUGUUCGUGGCAAGGAUCUUUGUGCAUUUAAUACCUUGGCUUCCAUGAAAGGUACAAUUUUACUCAUCAUGAAUUAUCUUACAUUUGAGUAACUUAAUUGUAAAAUCUCUUCCGCUUGACAUUGGCCUGAUCUAUGUAACACUGCAGAGCCUACACCAAAUGCACUGGUAGCAGGUACCCGUAUGGAUAAAGAAAGAGUUUAUAGCAUGUCACUUGCAUUUCUGAAAGACUGGUCGCUGAAUCACAUCGAGGAGAUGGUUUAAAUACAUCGGUGAUGAGUCCAUGCAUUGAUAAAGAAGAACUAAUUGUAGCUGAUACUUUAAUGUUAUAUGGAGUGCUCUCUGAAUCACAUAUGGAGAAUGAAAUGGCUUCCAGUAGCUCGAAUGGAAGCUCUGAAAAUUUUUACUCUGAUUCAGUUGGUCAAGAAAUCGACAAGUCAAUGAUGACGCUUCUGCUUCUACAAGCUAUCCCUCUUCUUAACACUCUGUUUGGCAACAAGGGGGGUGCAAAUUGCAGGGGGGUGCAAGUUGAGGGGUAAAUUGUUGGGGGUACAAAUUGCUGGGGGUUGUUAGUGAAGGGGUAAAUUGUUGUUUGGAUGAAAAAGUAGGAGGGUGCAAAAUGAUGUAAAAAAAGGGUUUUAGAUUAUUAUAUAUUAAGAGUAAAUAUAAUAAUAUGAAUGUUGUAUUAUACUUAUGGUAUCUUAAUAGUGAUAAAAUAAUACUUAUCACUAAUACGUAUCUCAUGAACACCAAUCCUUUAUGAAUAAUCAUAAUAAUUAUUAUAUAAAAAAUAAUUACUAAUUAUGUGACUUAGCUAGCUCAUGUCAUGGAUUUCAACAUUGAUUUGUCAACAUAAGGGUUAAAAUAACUUAAAUAAAAAUUAAAUUCUUAU